AUGAAUAACGAGGAGGCUGUUUAAAUUCUGAUGUUAAAAUCCGAGCAAUAGGUAAAAAUGAUUAAUAUGCUCAAUUCUCAACUUGAGAAAUCGAAUAGCGAAAAAUCUGAAUUGAGAUUUCAACUAAUGGCCGUAUAAAAUGAUAAUAUGACACUAAGAAGAGAAAAAGAAGGCUUACACUUUCAACUCGAAUAACUGUCUAAACAAUUAAUGAAUAACGAUUCAAAAAAAGAUGUCCAAAUUGGAUAUUCAAAUUUGGUCGAAUAAACUUCGCAAUAGGAUAAUAGGAAAAAUGAUUAGUCUCAAAUAAAAUAGGAAUUAAUAGAAAAGGAAUAUCAUAAGCUAUUAAAUGAAAAUAGUAAGGUGCUUAAAACAGUGUAAGAUUUGGAAGGAAAAAAUUAAUUACAAGCGAUGAAAAUCGAAUAACUUUAACAUCAAAUAUUAGAGAUACAAAAUGAGGUCAACUUCAAAGAAGCACUUAUUAAAAAAAAAGACAAUCACAUAUAGGAUUAUGAAAGAAGAAUAUCUCAUCUAAUUGAUUAGCAUUAAGAGUAAAUCUUUGGAAAGGAACAACAAAUAUAAAAAAUGAGAGAUUAUAUGUUAUAAAGUUAUCAGUAAAAUGGAACCGAGAAUUAAAAUCACUAAGUUGAAAUGUCUAAGCUAUUAUUCAAUACAGGCAAUUAGAACCAAAAUGCUAAUAUCUUAUUAAAAAAUGAUUAAUAAUAGAAAUAAUUGCAGUAAAAUUAUAUUCCUCCAUUAUAACAGUUGCCAUUAUCAGGAGAGAGAUUAAAUACCGACAUCAAUGAACUCUAAGCACAAUCAUCUGGAAGACAACAGGCUAAACAAAGUACUGCCAAUCCAGGACAAAUGAGACAAUCUAAUGAGCAAAAUACCUUUUAACUUAACACUGUGUAGUCUGAAUUUAGUAGUAUAUCUCAGCCAAAAGUGUCUGAAAGAUUUAAGAAUAGUGAUUAUAAUUGA